CUGCCAUAGGCCCAGGUUCAUCAGCAACCAAAUCAGCACCACGGCACGGCACUGAGAACUGGGAAGUGAGAAACACACGGCGAUGGGGAGCGAGAACCACGCGGCAAUGGAGUCUGUGGCCGUCGUGGCGGUGCCGUUCCCGGCGCAGGGCCACCUGAACCAGCUGCUGCACCUGUCGCUGCAGCUCGCGUCGCGCGGGGUGGAGGUGGACGUGCACUACGCCGCGCCGGCGGCACAUAUCCGUCAGGCUCGCGCGCGCGUGCACGGCUGGGACCAGGAGGCGCUCCGCUCCAUCCAGUUCCACGACCUUGGCAUCUCCAGCUACGCCUCCCCGCCUCCGGACCCCACCGCCGACUCCCCGUUCCCGUCCCACAUCCUGCCCCUCUUCGACGCCUACAUCACCGGCGCGCGCGCCCCGCUCGCGGAACUACUCCACGAGCUCUCUGCUUCCCACCGCCGCGUCGUCGUCGUGCACGACCGCCUCAACGCCUUCGCCGACGAGGAGGCGGCGCGGUUGCCUAACGGCGAGGCGUUCGGGCUGCACUGCUUGGCCGCGUCCAUCCUCGUUGGGCAAAUCAACGCCAAGCUGCUGCGUGACAACGACCUCGCCUUCAGGGGCGUCGAGCACUACGCGCCCAAGGAGUUCCUGGAGUGCGCCAGGCGGGCGAGACCGUCGAGUAAGAUCUCUCCUGGCGCAGGCAUCCUGACCAACACAUGCCGCGCCCUCGAGGGUGACUUCGUCGACGUCGUCGCCGAGCACGUGGCCGCCGACGGCAAGAAGAUCUUCGCCAUCGGUCCGUUGAAUCCGCUUCUCCCCGCGAGCGCGUCGAAGCAGGGCAAGCAGCGGCACGAGUGCCUCGAUUGGCUCGACAAGCAGCCCCCGGCGUCCGUGCUCUACGUGUCCUUCGGCACCACGUCGUCGCUACGAGCGGAGCAGAUCGAAGAGCUCGCCGCAGCACUUCGCGGCAGCAAGCAGCGGUUCAUCUGGGUGUUGCGCGAUGCCGACCGCGGCGACAUAUUCGCGGAGGGCGCCGGCGUGAGCCGCCACGAGAAGCUGCUGUCAGAGUUCACCAGGGACACGGAAGGGACGGGGCUGGUGAUCACCGGGUGGGCGCCGCAACUGGAGAUCCUGGCGCACAGCGCAACGGCGGCGUUCAUGAGCCACUGCGGUUGGAACUCGACGGUGGAGAGCCUGAGCCACGGCAAACCGAUCCUCGCCUGGCCCAUGCACUGCGACCAGCCGUGGGACGCGGAGCUUGUCUGCAACUACCUCAAGGCCGGCAUCCUGGUGCGCCCCUGGGAGAAGCACGGCCAGGUGAUUGCGGCCAAGGCCAUUCAGGAAGUCAUCGAGGAAGCCAUGAUCUCUGACGAAGGAAUGGCUAUGCAGCGACGGGCGAUGCUGCUCGGGGACGCAGUCCGCGCCUCCGUCGCUGAUGGCGGUUCCUCUCGCAAAGAUUUGGAGGACUUCAUAGCUUACAUCACAAGGUGAUCCACUCGAUGCAGUGCAAGAAGGUGCCUUUGGAUACUGACACAGCAAUACAGCAUGUUCCUCUUCGGUUUGGUUUUA